UAGGAAGAGAAUAAGAUGUGUCUGUAGUUCUGACCUUUUGUAUUUUUCACCUCAAGGUCAUUAUAUGUACCUAACACUGCUUCAAAUAGCUCACUGUGGAUAUGCUGCUGUUCUUUGCUUUGGGAUUGCUUGUACAUUUUGUGUUCUUCGCCUCCAUCUUUGAUAUUUAUUUUACAUCUCCUUUGGUUCAUGGAAUGACUCCUCAGUUUAUACCAUCACCCCCUCCAGCAAAAAGAUUAGUCUUAUUUGUUGCUGAUGGCCUGAGAGCAGAUGCUGUUUAUGAAUUAGAUGAAGAUGGAAACUCCAGAGCCCCUUUUAUUAGGAAUAUUAUAAUGCAUGAAGGCAGCUGGGGAAUAUCUCACACACGUGUGCCAACAGAAUCUCGGCCUGGCCAUGUAGCCCUAAUAGCUGGGUUUUAUGAGGAUGUCAGUGCAGUUGCCAAAGGAUGGAAAGAAAACCCUGUCGAAUUUGACUCCCUUUUUAAUGAGAGCAAAUACACAUGGAGCUGGGGAAGUCCAGACAUCUUGCCUAUGUUUGCCAAAGGUGCCAGUGGUGACCAUGUUUAUACCUAUAGUUAUGAUGCCCAAAGAGAGGAUUUUGGUGCACAUGAUGCCACUAAACUGGAUACCUGGGUUUUUGAUAACGUUAAGGACUUCUUUAACGCUGCAAGGAACAACCGGUCUCUGUUCUCAAAAGUGAAUGAAGAAAAAAUUGUUUUUUUCUUACAUUUAUUAGGAAUAGAUACAAAUGGACAUGCUCACCGACCAUCAUCAAGGGAAUAUAAGGACAAUAUUAAAAAAGUUGAUGAUGGAGUAAAGGAAAUUGUGUCAAUAUUCAAGCAUUUUUAUGGUGAUGAUGGGAAAACAGCAUUUAUCUUUACCUCUGACCAUGGAAUGACAGACUGGGGUUCCCAUGGGGCUGGCCAUCCUUCAGAGACUUUGACUCCUUUAGUCACCUGGGGAGCCGGAAUCAAGUUUCCUGAGAGAGUAUCAGCUCAGCAACCUGAUGACGAAUUUUUAAAAGAAUGGAAAUUGGAAAACUGGAAGAGGCGAGAUGUCGAUCAGGCUGAUAUUGCACCACUGAUGGCGUCUCUUAUUGGAGUUCCCUUCCCUCUUAAUUCGGUGGGAAUACUUCCUGUGGAUUAUCUUAACAACACUGGUCUCUUCAAAGCAGAGAGCAUGCUUACCAAUGCAGUACAGAUUCUCGAGCAGUUCAAGGUGAAGAUGACUCAGAAAAAAGAAGUUACUUUACCAUUUUUGUUUACACCAUUUAAGUUGCUCUCUGAUUCUCAACAGUUGGAUGCUUUAAGAAAAGCAAGGUCUUACAUAAAACAAGAAAAAUUUGAUGAAGUGGUCUCCCUCUGUGAGGAACUGAUUGAUCUUGCAUUGAAAGGAUUGUCCUAUUAUCACACUUACGACAGAUUCUUUUUGGGCAUCAGUGUUGCAGUUGGUUUUGUAGGAUGGACAUCUUAUGCUUCUUUGUUAAUCCUCAAGUCUCAUUCUAAUCUCACAAGAAGUGCUGGGAAGGAAGCUAAGAAGCCACACCAUCUCUUGGCGUGUAGCUUUGUCGCUGUUGGUGUUUUAGUGGCAUGCUUCCUGCUGAUCCAAGUCUGUCCCUGGACUUACUACGUGUAUUGCUUGCUGCCAGUGCCGAUAUGGUAUGCAGUUCUAAGAGAACAUCAAGUUGUUCAAGACCUGGCUGAGUCACUGCUGACUUUUCCUCUGAGCCGGUUUGUUGUCUACUUACUCGUCUUUGUCUUGGGGAUUGAAGUGCUGGUGUUAAGUUUCUUCUACCGCUACAUGCUGACAGCCGGAUUGAUUGUGUUUGCCGGUUGGCCAUUUGUCACUCAGCUGUGGACCCGAGCAAAGAUCACCUGCCUGAGUUGGGCUCUCUUCUCUUUGCUUCUGGCAGUGUUCCCACUGAUGCCUGUUGUGGGUAGAAAGCCAGAUCUCUCUCUAGUAAUGGGUGCGGGCUUGCUGGUUCUUCUGCUGUCCCUGGCUAUUGUAACAACUCUCACAAGAAGAAAAAUUACUUUGGCAAAGGAGGAGCUGCUGGUACUUCCAUUACAGAUGCUGAGUAUAGUGCUCUCUAUGUAUGUUGUGUACAGCACCCACCACAGUCUGCUCAAGAAAGAAGGCCUGCCUCUUAUGAAUCAGAUUGUGAGCUGGGCAACAUUGGCCUCUUCCUUGGUCAUGCCACUCCUGAGUUCCACAGCUCUCUUCCAGCGACUCUCCAGCAUACUUCUUUCCUUGAUGUCCACCUACUUGCUUCUAAGCACAGGGUAUGAAGCUCUCUUCCCGUUAGUGUUGUCCUGCUUGAUGUUUGUCUGGGUACACAUGGAACAAGAGACCCUGCAACAGCCUGGUGCUUCCUGUAGACAGAAGUUCACCAGCAUUCAGUUCACCUGUAAUACUGAUAUAGCUCAGUUGCGACUGCUUAAUCUGGAUGACAUCCGCAGGGCCUUUUUCCUUGUUUUCUUUUUAGUGACCGCAUUUUUUGGAACUGGAAAUAUAGCUUCUAUUAACAGCUUUGACCUUGCCUCCGUGUAUUGCUUUCUGACUGUGUUUAGUCCUUUCAUGAUGGGCGCUCUCAUGAUGUGGAAGAUUUUAAUUCCAUUUGUUCUUGUGAUGUGUGCAUUUGAAGCAGUUCAGAUAACUACACAGCUGUCAUCAAAAGGCCUUUUCCUCAUUGUUCUUGUCAUAUCAGACAUCAUGGCUUUGCAUUUUUUCUUCUUGGUCAAGGAUUCUGGCAGCUGGCUUGAUAUUGGAACCAGCAUCAGCCACUAUGUGAUUGUCAUGUCCAUGACCAUCUUUCUGGUAUUUCUUAAUGGCCUGGCACAACUGCUCACAACAAAGAAAUUCCAACUGUGUGGCAAACCCAAAAGCCAUCUCCUGUGAUAUUGGUGAAGCCAUCAGUCAGCAUCUGCAUCCUUAUUCUCCUUAAAGAAAUGUCCCAAGGAUUCAAGAAGAUGGAUAAGAGUGCUUAUUGCACAAGGCUGAAAACUUGAGCUCGAUCCCUGGAAUCCAUGGAGAAAGGAGGAAACAAACUCCCAGAAGUUGUUCUUUGGCCUCCAUGUGCAUGCUGUGUCUCACACACACACACACACACACACACACACUGCAUUAAUAAAAGAAGAUGGAUGCUAA